CAAAGCGGCAAAACUGGUUGGAGACGAGGCUAGCCCACCUAGUGACUUCUCGGAUGAAGACACGUAGAGCGAUAGCUAAAACGCUGGUGGAUUGACUUCUUCAACCGCCACCUCUGCCUAGUUCUCACUCAAUUUUUUCUUUCGUUUUCUUUCCCAUUGCACAUUGUCCUCUGUCGAAUUUCUUCAGUUCAAUGAGGCAUUCAUUUCUCUACUUUCUAAACCCAUGAUACGGAAAAGAGUCUCUAUUCUCUAGAUUUCUCGGCUCGGCUACGACCUAUAUCUCCGGGUUCUUAGAUUUCAACCCCACCUUCAGCCCACGCGGGUGACGCUGUUGAAUAUGGAGAAUGCCUAUGCGCAAUCUACAGACCAGGUCCUUGCCAGCCUUCGGGUGGACGCAAUCAAGGGCUUGACAGAUGAACAGGUUCUUGCUUCAAGAGCCAAGCAUGGCCCCAACUCAAUCCCCGACGAGCCGCCUACUCCCCUGUGGGAGCUCAUCCUCGAGCAAUUCAAAGACCAACUAGUCCUCAUCCUCCUCGGCUCAGCCGCAAUCUCCCUCGUUCUGGCCCUGUUUGAGCAGGAGCAAGGAUGGAGUGCCUUCGUCGACCCGGCCGUCAUCCUCUCAAUCCUCAUACUGAACGCAAUUGUCGGCGUGUCCCAGGAAAGCAGUGCUGAGAAAGCCAUUGCUGCGCUGCAGGAAUACUCGGCAAAUGAGGCAAAUGUGGUGCGAAGUGGUGGACAUGUCUCGCGAGUCAAGGCCGACGAGCUAGUCCCAGGCGACAUUAUCACCAUCUCUGUUGGUGACCGGGUGCCUGCGGAUUGCAGGCUCCUCUCGAUUGAAAGCAACAGUUUUGCUGUUGACCAAGCUAUCCUGACAGGAGAAAGCGAGAGUGUUGGCAAGGAUCACAAGGCUGUUGUCAGAGAUGAAAAGGCAGUCCUGCAGGAUCAGGUCAACAUGCUCUUCUCCGGAACAACUGUGGUGACUGGUCGUGCCAAGGCUAUUGUGGCCCUGACUGGGAGCAGAACUGCCAUCGGCGAUAUCCACGAGAGCAUCACCGCCCAGAUCUCAGAGCCGACACCCCUGAAGCAGAAGCUCAACGACUUUGGAGACUCUCUGGCCAAGGUGAUCACGGUUAUCUGCAUUCUUGUCUGGCUCAUCAACAUUCCCCACUUCAACGACCCCAGCCAUGGCAACUGGACCAAAGGUGCCAUCUACUACCUUAAAAUUGCCGUCUCCUUGGGCGUUGCGGCAAUCCCGGAAGGUCUCGCCGUCGUCAUCACAACAUGCCUGGCACUGGGGACUCGGAAGAUGGCUGCUAAAAACGCUGUCGUACGGAGCCUGCCCUCUGUGGAAACUCUUGGGAGCUGUAGCGUCAUCUGCUCUGACAAGACGGGCACUUUGACCACAAACCAGAUGAGUGUCAACAAGGUUGUCUAUAUCAACGAGGACGGCACGGAUCUCGAGGAGCUCGACGUCGAUGGAACUACCUUUGAGCCCAGGGGCGACAUCAAACUCAAGGGCAAGGUCAUUCAAGACCUUGCUCAGAAUUCCGCGACUAUCCUCCAGAUGACCGAGGUCGCAGCUCUCUGCAACGAUGCCAGGCUUGCCUAUGACUCCAGGACCGGCACGUACUCAAACGUGGGUGAGCCUACGGAGGGUGCUCUACGGGUACUCGUCGAGAAGGUUGGCCCUUGCGCGCCCCAGGACUGCCACCCCGAAGAUCGGGUUCACUACGCCAGCGCCUGGUAUGAGAACAAGUACAACCGGCUUGCCACCUACGAGUUCUCACGGGACCGCAAGAGCAUGUCCGUUCUAGUCCAGAAUGGGAAAGAGCAAAAACUGCUGGUCAAGGGUGCCCCGGAGUCUAUCAUCGAGCGUUGUACGCAUACCCUUCUGGGUCCGAAUGGAAAGAGGAUUCCCCUGAAUAGCAAGCUCUCCGGACUUAUCACGAAGGAAAUCGUCGAUUACGGCAACCGUGGCCUCCGGGUUAUCGCCUUGGCUAGACUGGAUGAUGUUUCGGGCAACCCGCUGCUUCACACGGCCAAGUCGACUGCCGAGUACGCGGAGCUGGAACAGAACCUCACCCUGCUUGGACUGGUUGGAAUGCUCGAUCCCCCGCGCCCCGAGGUCCCAGAAUCCAUCAAGAAGUGCAAGGACGCCGGUAUCCGUGUCAUUGUCAUCACCGGAGAUAACCGGAAUACAGCAGAGAGCAUCUGCCGCCAAAUCGGCGUGUUUGGAGAGUACGAGGAUCUGACCGGAAAGAGCUACACGGGUCGUGAAUUCGACAAUCUGAGCCCGAGCGAACAGCUCGAGGCCGCCAAGAAGGCUUCCCUGUUUUCUCGCGUCGAGCCAAGCCACAAGUCGAAGAUGGUGGAUCUCCUGCAGUCUCUUGGAGAGGUCGUUGCCAUGACUGGCGAUGGCGUCAACGAUGCCCCAGCCCUCAAGAAGGCCGACAUUGGCGUCGCCAUGGGCUCGGGCACUGACGUCUCCAAGCUCGCCGCCGACAUGGUCCUCACAGACAACAACUUCGCCACCAUCGAGUCCGCUAUCGAAGAGGGCCGGUCCAUCUACAACAACACCCAGCAGUUCAUCCGCUAUCUCAUCUCGUCCAAUAUCGGCGAGGUCGUGUCCAUCUUCCUGACGGCAGCCCUGGGGAUGCCCGAAGCUCUGAUUCCGGUCCAGCUCCUAUGGGUCAACCUCGUCACGGAUGGUCUCCCCGCCACUGCGCUGUCUUUCAACCCGCCCGAUCACGACAUCAUGAGACGCCAGCCGAGGAAGCGCGACGAACCUCUUAUCGGCGGCUGGCUGUUCUUCCGCUACAUGGUCAUCGGAAUCUAUGUCGGUCUCGCGACCGUGGGCGGCUACGCUUGGUGGUUCAUGUACAACCCCGAGGGCCCGCAGAUCAGCUUCUGGCAGCUCAGCCACUUCCACCGCUGCUCGACCCAGUUCCCCGAGAUCGGCUGCCAGAUGUUCACCAACGACAUGGCCAAGUCGGCCUCGACCGUCUCGCUCUCGAUCCUCGUCGUCAUCGAGAUGUUCAACGCCAUGAAUGCCCUUUCCUCCAGCGAAUCCCUCCUGACACUCCCACUCUGGGAGAACAUGAUGCUCGUCUACGCCAUCGGCCUGUCGAUGGCUCUCCACUUCGCACUGCUCUACACUCCCAUUCUCCAGACCCUGUUCUCGAUCCUACCACUCAACUGGUUGGAGUGGAAGGCAGUGAUCAUCAUCAGUGCUCCCGUCAUACUCAUCGACGAGUUCUUGAAGUUUGUGGAAAGACAGCUCUUCAUCCAGAGUGCCGCGGUUCAGUCGACGGAGAAGCCGUCGAAGAAGGAGCAAUAGAGUGGUAGAAAUCGCUCGGGGUACCUACCUAGGCUCGUACGUAGAUGUGUAGAAAUAGAACAUUGUACUUAAUCCUCUCAGAUGGUCAUGGUCGACACUGACCCUAUUCCGGGACGUAACUAUUGGUG